CCCACCUAAAACCAGAUGUGUGCAGAUGUUUUCUCUCUCCCAUUUUCCCCUUCCUGCCGCUCAGACCGGGCGAGGAGCAGCAUGGUCUCCACAGAAAGUGCCUCCUCCACCUACGAAGAGCUGGCCAGGGCCUACGAGCACGCCAAGAUGGAAGAGCAGCUGAGGCACGCCAAGUUCACCAUCACGGAGUGCUUCAUAUCCGACACGUCCUCGGAGCAGCUCACGGCAGGGACCAACGACUACACGGACAGCCUGACGUCCAGCACGCCGUCCGAGUCGGGCAUCUGCAGGUUCACUGCCUCCCCCCCCAAGCCUCAGGACGGAGGGAGGGUGAUGAACAUGGCAGUUCCCAAGGCACAUCGCCCAGGUGAUCUCAUGCAUUUGCCACCCUACCUUAGGAUGGACUUUUUAUUGAACCGUGGCGUGCAGGGCACGAGCAGAGACCUGGGUUUGGGGCAAGCCUGCUUGGAGCCACAGAAAAGCCGAACCUUGAAGCGUCCCACCGUGCUGGAGCCGAUCCCCAUGGAGACAUCCUCCACGAGAGAUGUCCAGUCAUGGCAACCUGGUGCUGUGGCAACGUUACCUCAGCGAGAAGGAGCUGAGCUAGGACAGGCUCAAGCAAAAAUGAGCAGCUCCCAAGAAUCCCUGCUGGACUCCCGGGGCCACUUGAAAGGAAACAAUCCCUACGCAAAGUCUUACACCCUGGUAUAACGAAAAGAGCAUGGCUGGACAGUGGCUGUAAAUAUUUACACUGAAAAACAAAACAAAACAAACAAACAAAAAAAAAGCCCAAUGAAAGCUACCUUUUUUUUAUUGAAUUCCAAUAUUUAUAAUUAAAGAAGAAGAUUGCCAAAAUAUUUGACAAAAAAAAAUAAUAUGACAGACAGUGCAAAGACUCUCUUGCUUUUUUUCUGUCUGAGUGUGAGCUUCAUCUGACUGGACAUCUGAAUUUUUGGGUAAAAGAGUCCAGUUUUCUGAUCUUCACAAGCGUUUGUGUUUUUACUGAUUUUCUACGAAGUGCAUGGAGACUUAACAAAAACAUUUUAACUGGAAGUUCCAUCAGACAAGAUUUAAAAGGGAAAAAAAAUCACAAAAAAAAAAAAAAGAAAAGAAAAUCACCCUCUUUGUGAAUUCAACAGGAACAUUGAUUUGGAAAAACGAAGUCUUUUGUCAUGUUUGCACUUUUUUUUUUUUUUAAUUAGAAAAUGGGUCCUUGAUUGUUCUUUUUUUUGUUGUUAAUUAGGAUGAGUGAUGUCAGUGGAGUGAGGAGAUUGAUUUGGGUUUUUUUUUAAUAUUAAUUUAAUGAGACACUCUUUGCAUUUUGUCUAUGCGAAAUAAAAGGGUCUUCUGCCUUUA